CGCGACCUGCUCACCUGUUCUGCUGCUGCAGAGACACUACAUUGAUGUAGACGUGUUGUUGACAUUCUCUCUCAGUUUCUCUGAUUAAUUUACUCUUCCCGACACACUGCUUUAAACCAGGGUUCCUACUAGUGAUUCGUCGAGAUUUGUUGUCCAGUCUGAUUAUGUCAGAAAUCCGAGUGUAUUACUCCAGUGUCAGCGGCUGUCUCAAGACGAAGAAACAACAGCAACACAUACUAAUGGUUUUGGACGGGAGAAAAAUAGUCCACACUGACGUGGACGUUACCCAGGACCCUGAGAACAAGGACAAGAUGAGGAGGAUUGCCUGCAACGACGCAGCACUGCCUCCCCAGAUAUGCAACGGUGACCAAUACUGCGGGGACUAUGAGGGUUUUUUGAAUGCUGUAGAGGAGGAACAAUUGACAGAGUUCCUUAAACUCUGAAGACGACAAGGAAAAAGUGCAUUUUUGCUGCAAUCUUUUUUUUUUGAAAAUACAAAUAAAGGGCUGCAUACUUAUCCAUGACUCAAUAAUUACUGUUGAUGAUUAUCAUUGCAGAGACACUUAGCCUACUAUUCGUGGAUUCUCUCUCAAUUAAUGCCACCCAUUGUGCCAAUAUAUUUUGAAGCAUUAUCUGUACGAUUAGGCCUUUUUCUUUUGCUAAUGACACAUUUAUUUGAAUUAUUAUUAUUUAAAAAGUUCAGUCCAAAAUUCAGUGUUGUAAGUCCUUACCCUUGCAAUGAGAUAUGUUAAAUAAAGCCUGAUAUAGAAUAGAUUAUACAUUCAUACACUACAAAAAGCAUAAGCAAACAAUUAUUGAGUGAUUUUAACACACCGAUCCAUCUCAAAAAGUGCAAACAUUUUACUUUCACACAAUAAUGUAAAAUAAAUCAGGCCUAUCCGAGGGCUAAGCCUCAAUGGUUUCGGUGUGCGAUUGGGUCAAAGGAAGCGUUUAAAAAGCAGGCAGUGAUUUGUACACUGAUUCAAUGCACAGACUUUGACAAUCUUGCCUAGGGCGCUAUGUUAGCCAGACCCGGCUAUAGGAAAGCUGUACAAUGAUAAACCUUCAGUUAGGGAACCUUUGUAUUGCGUGACAACGACCAGUAGAGGUCGCUCCAAGAUCUCAUAAUCGCCAAUAUUUGCCCCAUGGAACGUUCACAUACAAUAAAAAUAUGUAACCGUGUAUAGUUUAAGCAGCAAUGAAUAAAUGUGCAACCCUCUG